AUGAUGAAUGUUUCAAAAUGUAGUAAAUGUUUAAAAGUACCAGAUGAUAUUCUAAUGUUAACAUGUAGCCAUGAUUUAUGUUUAAUUUGUGCAGCAAGAUCAUUUUCAUAAUAGUAAACAAAAAGAAGCAAAAAGGUAGAUAUAAGUAAAUAAAUAGUUUUUUGUUUGUGAUAUAUGUUCAUCAAAUACAGAAUUGGAUGCUAAUAGUAUUUAUGAAUUAGAAAAACUUCAUUAAACAAAUAAUGUAUUAUAAGAUAGAUCAAAUCAUAAACCAGGAUGCUAAUAGAAAUCAAAUUUAUAAUCAGAGAAAUAACUUAAAUCUCGUUCUUAGACAAGAUAAGAAAAUAAAGAGAAUGCAAAAGAAAAAUCAAUGAAAUAGAGUGUUUAAAUAAUUGAAGCUAAAGUUUCUGUACAUUAAUCAUAAAGAAAUAUGAGUAAAUAAUAGAGUGAGAAUUCAUUUAUAUAACAUAUGAGAGGAUUUUGUGUAGAUCAUCCUGAUGAAGAAAUUUCAUAUUAUUGUUUUGAUUGUAAUAGCAAAUGUAUUUGUCCAGAAUGUAUCAUACAUGGGAUUCAUAAAAAUCAUGAAGUUAAAACAAUUAAAAAAUCAUAUCCUCUAAUUAAAAAAUAAUUAGAAGAGUAAUUAGAAUAAAAUAAUCAAUGUAUAAUAUAAGUAGAAAAUUAAAGAUAAGAAUUAGAAAAGAAAUAAAUUGAAUAAUAAGCCAUUUAAGAUCAUUUAAGAUUAUAAAUAGCUUAAGAAAUUUAAGUAUUUAUUUUAAUUAUAUUAAUCUAUAGAAUUUACAUUAAUUAUUAAAUAGUAAAUAAGCUGAACUCCUUGAAGAAGUAGAUAAUUUACCAACAAUAUUAGAAUAAUAGGAAGGAUAUUUAAGUAGAUUAAAUGAAGUUGAAUUCAAAUUGUAAGAUUUUAAUGAGAAAAUUAAUGAUAUGAUUGAUUCCAAAGAUGAAUGUGGAUUACUUAAUUACUAUGGAUCAAUAAUAGGUUAAACAACUCCUUAAAUUCCUCCUCUUCCAAAUAUUAAGGAAAUCUAACUAUCAAAUUAAAUAUUCUCAUAAAUUAAUGAUGUUAAAAAAUUAAUUGGAGAUUUGGAUAUUGAUUGUAAUUAAUGA